AAGCAUGCAUGUUAAAUUCUCGUCUCGUUCUCCUGGUUUGUUUUGUAAGUAAGCUCAUGUACACUCAAUACUUUCCUGUUACAGCCAAAGCCUCUCAUGAACAGUUGCUGAAUAGACAGUCAGGGUGGCAGAAGAUCUGAUUUAAGUUUGGUCCAAGACAUACUACAAGAAUGAAGACCUGCAUUUUUCUUCUUCUGAACUUGGCAGUUUUCUUGGCACUCUGUCAAAACCCAAAUGGACCAGAGAUAGUGGAAAUUGGUGAAGACAAGGAUAUUCCAGAUAUAAACAAGGAUUCAUAUGAUGAUAUUCUAGCGUCACCGAACAUGCAAAGGAGUGUCAUCCUUGGUGAGGACUCACUGUGGACAUCCCCAGUCCCAUAUGUUUUGGGAAAAGACCUUGAGAUGAAUGCUAAAGGUGUCAUCCUGAGAGCCUUCGACCAGUUCAGGUUGAAGUCAUGCAUUGACUUCAAACCAAGAGACUCUGAGUUCUAUUACAUUUCUGUGGUUAAGUUAAAUGGAUGUUUCUCUUAUGUUGGGCGAAUGUCCUUCUCUGGACAGAACCUCUCUAUUGGCGCAUUCUGUGAUGAGAUUUCCACAGUUGAACAUGAAUUUCUCCACGCUCUUGGCUUCUUCCACGAACAGACCAGAUAUGAUAGAGAUGAUUAUGUGACCAUUGCAUUUGAAAACAUCCAAGCAGGUUUCCAGCAUAACUUUUAUAAAGUUAGUAGCUAUUACAGUACCACUCAGGGAGUCCCAUACGACUACUGGUCAGUGAUGCACUAUGGCAAAGAUGCAUUCACCAAUGGCAAUGGGUCUACAAUUAUCACCAAAGACGCAAAAUUCCAGAAUGUGAUUGGUCAAAGACUGGAUAUGUCUCCCAGUGAUAUUCUGGAGCUGAACCUCCACUACAAAUGCAACUCAACAGUUGCAUUUAAAAUGUACUGCGGCUUUUCCAAUGGGACCAUGUGUCAAAUGAACCGCUGUUCAAAUGGUGGCAGUGACUGGGAAAUGGUAACACAUGUUUACAGGGGUCCUAGCUCUGACCACACCAGUCUACCCAGUGGAAGUAGUGAUUAUGGUCAAGAUGCAGGUUUAUUCAUGCAUGCUAGCACAGCAUCAGGUAAGGAGGGAGACUCAGCCUGGCUGGAGACCCACAGGAUGCGUCCCAAUAGGGAAUGUCAUGUCCAGUGUCUCCAGUUCUACUAUUACCACAGUGGGAACGAGUCAGACGAACUUAACAUCUGGAUCAGAGAGUUUCAAGAUGAACAGGAUCUUAAAGGAACCCUCCGCCUCAUGGGACAGAUCACUGGACCACCAACUUCUCACUGGCAGCUCCAGCAUGUUUCUCUGAAUGCCUCCAAAGACUUCCAGGUGGAGUUUGAGGUUCGCAAAGGAGCAGGAAGCUCUUCAGGCGGCUUCUCAAUUGAUGACAUCAAUCUGUCCGAGAUCGAGUGUCCACACGUAACCUUGCAGAUCAAUGAUUUUGAGAAGCUUUUGAACACUAGUGAUCUGAAAAUUAUAUACAGCCAGCCGCAGUACUCCAGUGGGGGCUAUGCUUAUCGGGUAGCAUUUUUCCUGUACCAGAAACGUUUUGGACUGUUUGUGCAACUCUUAUCUGGUAAAUAUGAUGACCAGCUGGAAUGGCCUUGCCGAGACAAGCAGCUGACUUUCCAAUUGUUGGAUCAAACACCCAGUAUCCAGCUCCACAUGUCAAAGCAAAGGAGUUUCACCACCAACCCAGACCUCAAUCCCUCCUAUUGGAGCAAUCCUCGUGAGACUGGAACUUCAUUCAUAGAUGAGAAGAAUCAAACUGUCUUUGCCGGACCUUUGAUUGGCACAUUUAAUUUAGGAACUUUGGAGGAAAUGAAAUCCAGAGACUUCCUCAAGGGAGGGAGUGCUGUUUAUGUCUUCAGCUUCCAAGAUCUCACUCCCCUAGUAAAUGGAAGUGUUCUACCAUGUCCUAAGGUGGCACCAGUGACGAUCGCACAUGAGCCUAAAGAUCUGGAUAAUGGCCCGUGCUCAUCUCGGAUCUUCACCACCACCAGUCCACCUCCUCACACAACAGAUGACAACAGCAUUUUCGGCUUUUCUCCUGCUAUGGUGGCUUCUCCUGCCCUCACCCUCCUGCUAGCACUGAUGUUUUUGACACCAUGAUCUGCGUCUCUUCUGGUCCACAUCUCAUCUCACAUGGAUAGGACCAGCAAAGUUGCCAGUGGCUGAGUAAUUCUGUAGCUCAUCUGGGUAAUUCAGCCAGUGGCAGUUUGUCAUUUUAAAUAUUUUUGUUUUUGUUUUCCAGUCUAAUUAACAAGUGGCUAGUUAAAAGAGAUGGCUGCAGUGGGUACUGAACAGCUGGGAGAUACUGAUCAGGGAUGCAUAGUUUGUGGGAUUCCAUGAAAUACUUUAUUUCUUUGAAGCCAAUAUAUAAUGCUAAGAUUAUGAUGAAAAGUAUAUUUAAUGCAUCUUUAAAUAUUCUGACCUAUUGUCGUAAAUAUACCUUAAAAAUACUGACUGUGUUGUUAAAUGAUUUUUCAGACUUGUUUUAACAAAGAUUAAUGUGGUGGUCAUGGAUAUACCUAGUCCCGACUCUUGACUUUUAUGAGUAAUCUAUCUAAUUCUGUGUUUGAUGCUGUUGUGGUAGAGAAAUAACAUUAUGAUUGUAUAAUUGCAACUAAUCCAAAACAUCCAUGAUGAAGGCAUACUUCAUACACAAGGUUGAACCAUAGUGUAUUUCCUAUAUCAUGGCUCUAGCCUGGUAAAAUGUAAAAUUAAGCCGGUCCAGGACACAGAAAAAUUCUAGUAUUCUAGCGGAAAAAAAAUCAAAUAAAACCAAGAAAAUGUGAGGUUGGUCUCUUGUGUCUUCAUAUUAUCUCCGUUGACUGCAGAUCAGUGUAUUUUUAGCCAAGUAUAGAGGAAAGUUGUGUAUCACAUCUCAUACACCGUUGAGAAUUAAAUAAUGACAUUUUC